AGUGAUGGGCAGAACCAGCACUUUCCUCAGGCACUAGACCUGUCACGAGUGGACUUAGUUCCCUCCUGUACUGCUUCACUGUACCCUAAGAACACAGAUCUGUUUGAGAUGAUUGAGAAGAUGCAGGGAAGCAGGAUGGAUGAACAACGAUGCUCCUUCCCACCACCCCUCAAAACGGAGGAGGACUACAUUCCUUACCCGAGCGUCCACGAGGUCCUGGGGCGAGAAGGGCCUUUCCCCCUCAUCCUGCUGCCUCAGUUUGGGGGCUACUGGAUUGAAGGCACCAACCACGAAAUCACCAGCAUCCCCGAGACAGAGCCACUGCAGUCGCCCACGACCAAGGUGAAGCUCGAGUGCAACCCCACAGCCCGCAUCUACCGGAAGCACUUUCUCGGCAAGGAGCAUUUCAAUUACUACUCUCUGGACACUGCCCUCGGCCACCUUGUCUUCUCUCUCAAGUAUGAUGUCAUCGGGGACCAAGAGCACCUGCGGCUGCUGCUCAGGACCAAGUGCCGGACAUACCACGAUGUCAUCCCCAUCUCCUGCCUCACCGAGUUCCCCAAUGUGGUCCAGAUGGCGAAGCUGGUGUGUGAAGAUGUCAAUGUGGAUCGAUUCUAUCCUGUGCUCUACCCCAAGGCUUCCCGGCUCAUCGUCACCUUCGACGAGCAUGUCAUCAGCAAUAACUUCAAAUUUGGAGUCAUUUAUCAGAAGCUGGGGCAGACCUCUGAGGAAGAGCUCUUUAGCACCAAUGAGGAAAGCCCUGCCUUUGUGGAGUUCCUUGAAUUUCUUGGCCAGAAAGUCAAACUGCAGGACUUUAAGGGGUUCCGAGGAGGCCUGGAUGUGACCCACGGGCAGACGGGGACCGAGUCUGUGUACUGCAACUUCCGCAACAAGGAGAUCAUGUUUCACGUGUCCACCAAGCUGCCCUACACAGAAGGGGACACCCAGCAGGUAAAAGGGACACCCACCCACCUGCUUCCCCCCUGCCUGCCCCACCUGCCUGUCCAUUCGGUGUCCACACUAGGCUCAACUGGCGGGGGCCCCGACGGCCCCCUCUACAAGGUCUCUGUCACUGCGAGAGAUGACGUGCCCUUCUUUGGGCCCCCCCUGCCGGACCCCGCUGUGUUCAGAAAGGGGCCUGAGUUCCAGGAAUUUUUGCUGACAAAGCUGAUCAAUGCUGAAUAUGCCUGCUACAAGGCAGAGAAGUUUGCCAAACUGGAGGAGCGGACACGGGCCGCCCUCCUGGAGACGCUCUAUGAGGAGCUGCACGUCCACAGCCAGUCCAUGAUGGGCCUGGGCGGCGACGAGGACAAGAUGGAGAACGGCGGCGGCGGGGGCGGCUUCUUUGAGUCUUUCAAGCGGGUCAUUCGGAGCCGCAGCCAGUCCAUGGAUGCCAUGGGACUAAGCAACAAGAAGCCCAACACCGUGUCCACCAGCCACAGUGGGAGCUUCACACCCAACAACCCCGACCUGGCCAAGGCGGCUGGAAUAUCAUUGCUUAUUCCUGGGAAAAGUGCGAGUAGAUUCGGACGCCGGGGCAGUGCCAUAGGCAUAGGAACCGUGGAAGAGUCACUGAUUGUCCCCGGGAAGAGCCCCACAAGGAAGAAGUCGGGCCCGUUUGGCUCCCGCCGCAGCAGCGCCAUUGGCAUCGAGAACAUUCAGGAGGUGCAGGAGAAGCGGGAGAGCCCUCCAGCUGGCCAGAAGACCCCAGACAGCGGGCACGCCUCCCAGGAGCCCAAGUCAGAGAACUCAUCCACUCAGAGCUCCCCAGAGAUGCCCACGACCAAGAACAGAGCGGAGACAGCAGCCCAGAGAGCAGAAGUGCUGAAGGACUUCUCCCGCUCCUCGUCCAGUGCCAGCAGCUUCGCCAGCGUGGUGGAAGAGACGGAGGGCAUGGAUGGGGAGGAUACAGGCCUGGAGAGUGUCUCGUCCUCAGGAACACCCCACAAGCGGGACUCCUUCAUCUACAGCACGUGGCUGGAGGACAGUGUCAGCACCACAAGUGGGGGCAGCUCCCCAGGCCCCUCACGGUCACCCCACCCAGAUGCCGGCAAGUCGGGGGACUCUGCGUGUCCCGAGAUCAAGAUCCAGCUGGAAGCAUCUGAGCAGCACACGCCGCAGCUGGGCUGUUAGCCAGGCCACCUCCUCUGAAGGUGGCACUGAGCAGAUGAAGGCGCAGAAGCACAGGUGAAGAUGCCGUGUCAAGUCUGGGCCGACGGGACCUCUGCCCCUAAGGCUGACACCUGCCUCCCCACCCUUCCCCUGGCCCACCCAUCUGGGCUGUCUCUGCAGGGCAGAGCCAUCCAGACCUGGGAGUGGGGAAGCUGCUGGCAUCGUCCCUAUCCCCCAGGCUGGGGGUCUGGGCUGGGGCAGGGAUUGGUCAGCCAAGCAGGCCUGGCUUGUCCUCACCCUGGGCUUCUAUCACCCCUGGGUGCCCCUCUGGACUGCAGGGAAAACAAGGAGGGAGAGAGAUUGUCAGUGCAUACAGAGCCUACAGCAGGACGUGAGGUGUGGCGGGGUGAGCACUGGGCUGAGUCCUGAGUCCUGGCUUCCUGUUGAGUUCUGCUCUGUGACUCUGGGUGAGUCACUCUCCCUCACUGGGUGCCUCUGCUACAAGUGGACAAGAUUAUUUCAGAGGUCACUGAAGACUGUGAUUCCAUGCACCUGCCCCAUAAUGGGGGGAUUGUCCUCCCAGGGACCUCCCAUCACCCUAUCCCACAUCUUGAGGUCCCUGGGCCCCAGUGGACUGAGGGGCAGGCAGCUGGCUGUGCCCAUGGCUCCUUCUGGACCCUCAAGCUCCACCACAGAUCUGCCAAUUCCCUGUCCACUGCCUACAAAGGACAGACAGGUGACCCCUUAUGGGGGAAGGAGGACCCACCUGGCUCCUCAGCCAGCACCCCGCUUAAUUCCUGCCAUCCCAUGCUCCUGGGCACACCAGACCGAGGGGUCUCAGCUGGCCUAGAAUCGUAGGCCUCGCCUCCCCUCACCACCUCCAUGGAGGGGGCAGCCAGGCACAGCUGCUGUGAGUCCAUGUCCUUGUGUAUGUCUGUCCACACUUUUUAGGCGCCAUGCCAAAGGCCAGCCUUCGGCCCCAACACCCAUUUUGGAAGCCUCUGUGGCCGUGUGUAUGUCAGUAACAGUUGUAUAAAAUAAAUUCUAUUUAUCGCUAUUGUA